AAUCAAAUAAAAAAACACUUUCUAUUUGGAUCUCAUUUUUUAUAAUCAUAGGUAUUAUUUACAUAAUAACCCUAUUAGUUCCUUAAUCAUUAAAUGAAGAAUGGGACAAUUAGUUACUUUGUCCUGAUUAAUAUGACGAACAAAAUAAUGAUUCUUUAUUAAAGUAUUCGUGUUAACAAUUUGAUAUAAAUAAAAAUAACAAUUAUGGAGGCUUUUUAACUGGAUAUAGUAAACUGAAUUAGUUUUUGCUUGUUUAAUUAAUACUAAAGAAAAAAAUUCAGAUAAAGAUAAAGAAAUUAAUUUGUAAAUACCUUUUAAUGGAUUUUUUUAUGUUAUUAAUGAUGAGGGAAAAGUUUAAUAAAAAUUAAUAAAUUUUGAUAAAAGAUAAUUAAGUGUAUAUUGUGAACCAAAUGAGAAGAUUGGCUAAAAAUCAUUGGAUUAUUGAAUAAAAGUUAAUAAUUGUUUUAAGUGGAUUAUUAAUAAUGUUUAAUAAUCCAUUUUAUGCUUUGAUUAUUUUAGAACCACAUAUGGCUGGUUCUUUUUUUGAUAUAUUGUUUCUUACUAAUUUUCUUGUUUUAUUGCUUGUGUUUUGGAUGGUUAUUUUAGAUAGAAUUUAAUCAGAAAACGCUUUAAAAAAUUCUAAAGUUUUAACAGCUAAAAAAAUUGUAUUUGGAUUAGACCCUUUUGUUAAUUUCGAAGAUUCUUUUGGAUUAUUUUAUGAUUUUUGUAAAUAUUUUGGAAUAGCUUUAAUGAUCCUUCAUAAGAAGGUUAUUUAGAAAGAAGAUGAAAUAAAAGAAUAAGAAGAAUUUGUUUAAUAAUAAUAAAAUGAUGAUUAAUAAACAACUAAUUUAAAAUUGUAAUCAUAAAACGAAUAAGACAAUUAAUAAUAAGAUAAUGAUGCUUAAUAUGAUAAUUUAAAUAAGACAGAUAAAAAUAUUUGA